UUUGUUGUUGCAAUGCACAAAAAUUGUCAUCCCGACCCACAGUUUGGGAACCACUGGCCUAGACUAUACCUUACAUAUCUGCAAACAUUGAAGGGUUAGAGCCAAGGGGAAUGGGUAGGUAACUAGGUAUCAUUUAAAUGACCAUUGAACAGCAGUAAAUUUUACAGAUUACAACUUUAACUAAUAUCUGAACUUUGACCCCUAUAACCUUUCCCCCCUGUAAUAUCAUCAGCAUCCGUGCAGUGGGUACGGCGACGGUGGACAUGUGUCUGGUGUCCACGGCCGGAGCAGACGCUUACUACCACAUUGGCACGCACUGCUGGGACAUCGCUGCCUCCGCUCUCAUUGUCAAGGAAUCCGACGGAGUGAUCAUUGACACCGAUGGCACUGUGUUUGACAUGAUGUCAAGGAAGGUUAUCGCAGCGAACAGCUCGGCCGUAGCCAAUCGAAACGCACAGGUGGUCCAGGCCUUCCCCUGUACCCAUGACGGCGAGGAUCCUAAAGCCAAGUGCACCUGUGGGACACCUAGCAACGGACACAGCGUUCAAAACAGACAUUAGGCACGGCACUGCGUUCUCCUAUUUUAGCCAUUUAACAAUGAACCACCAUUGUUUUGGAGAGGUGCAACUUUGUGAAAUAAAGACCAAUUUAAUUGAA